UUCCCUUCUUACCUUCCAAUGAAUGAAUCCCUUGUUUCUUCUCUUUCUCUCAUUCUUCUGUUUCCAUUCUAACCCGCCGGACGUGUGUCUUUUCUUAUCCAAUCCUCCCGCCUCGCCUUGACCGUUUAAUCUACAUUCUUGUCUUGGCCGACUUGAUUCGUCUCCCCCCCUUUCUCUCUUCUGCCUUCCAACUAGAACCGACGUGGCCUGAUAGGCCGACUUACCAGUUCUUUCACUUGUACCUGGUCUUGUCAUAGGCCAUCUCCAACAUCCCAACCGGCCUCGAAGUACCAUUGCAGUCUCCCUCGUCAUUUUUGUCAGUCGAGCCAUCCAGGAAUCCGACUCGCCGACUUUCAUCAUAGCGCUUUUUCAGUCCUGUCACCCCUUCUGUCGCACAACGACGCCUCUUCACACCACCGCCAGCUCCAGCCCGGGUUGGGGAUUGACAUUUCAGUUCCGGGUCAGACCAUGAGCUGCCGUGCGACGCUGUGACGGGUCCGGUCCUAUUCAACCGAGGUGUCUCGAGAUUCCAGAUCUCCCACACCGGAUUUCCUUCCAGCGUUCUCCCUGUCUCGGACUACCUUAACUUGUGUAACACUUCCUCCCAACUCUUUCGUCAUGAAGUGUCAAGGGGUUGUGGCGGCAGCUUUUCUUGGUGCUGUUUGCGCGCAGUUGGAUUCCUUGCCACCUUGCGGUAUUACGUGCGUCAAUAAUGUCAUUGCCAAAGGCUUUGGCUGUGCGUCAGGGGACAACACUUGUCUCUGCAAGCAACAAGACUUCGUCUUCGGUAUACGGGACUGCGCCGCGCAAUCAUGUGCGGCAGCUGAGACGGCCAAGGUCAAUGACUAUGUCACUGGCCUCUGUGCAACUGCUACCAAAGCACCGCCCGCUUCAACACCACCCGCAUCAAGCCCUGCGCCUUCUGCGCCUGCGCAACAGCAAACAACACCACCUUCGCCCCCAUCGUCAACUUCUCUGCCGCCUUCGCCCCUGGCGAGCACUGCCGCAUCAAAUCAGGCCAGCGCGCCCAACCCUCCGGCUUCGUCUGCUGCAACUAGCGCUGCUCCCUCGGAACCCCCCCGUCAGUCUAUAACUGAGGUUGCACAAGCAACACAACUUCUGACUACUGCACCUAUCACCCUCACUACCUCCCUAAAGUUGCAGACCUCGAGAGCCACCAGUUCGACUACGUCAGCCUCUAUGGGAACCCGGCCGUCACAAUCUGGUUCUGCCCCAAGCGCUGGGGCAGAAAAUCUAACCAGCGAGGCCGCAGGGCUCUCCAUGCCAGCCAAAGUCGGUAUCGGAGUGGGUGCUGGCGUUGGUGUUCUGGCCAUAGCCCUUGCCUUGUGGCUCCUUAUCAGGCGGCCAAAAAACCAGUCACGCUCCAUGCAGAUAUCUGGCCCAAUGCCGGGUUCUGGAAGGGACUAUACGGGAGGAAUCGUCAGCAUGAAGGAGAAGAAUCAUUCGGAACUGGAGACGAGGUCAAAACGAUACGAAGACAUGGUGCCACGCCAAUCACCGAGGCGCUUGAUAUGAAGCGUCUUACUUAGGAAUCGCUUCGCCCAAAGAUCACGCGUGUCAGUCACGGCCUGCGAGGCGGAUGUAGUUCAGAGUCGCAUGGCGUGGGGCGGUUUGUCUGCCAAUUUGCUUCGAACGGCGAGCCGAGUAUGGCUUCAACACCGGGCAUGCACGCGGGAUGGGAUAUUAUCUCUGUAACGAAUUAUGACUAGACGAUUGCUCACGUGUGGCGAUGAAGUGGAAAAAAGGAUCAGAUAGUCCAUCAUGAUACCAGAAGGGGAGUUGAUUCUGCCGCCGAAACGCGUUCGGUCCUUACGGCGGGCGUCAAA